AUGGCGUCUCUGAGACUAAACCUCUUUCAGAGUGAAAAAGAUUUCUUCACUUUCAAUGAAUAUUAUCUUUAUUUUGUUGGUUUAUGGCCUAAGAGGGAGCAAAGCAAUUUUUUAAAGAUUUUCUACAGAACUUACGAGACUUCAUUACACGUAUUAGCUGUUAUGUAUAUUAUCGUUACAGGAAUAGGAACAUUUCAGCACAAAAACGAUACACUGAUACUAAUGUCGAAUCUAGACAAGACCUUGGUUGCGUAUCACUUUGGAUUGAAAAUAUUUUUUUUCGUUAUAAAAAAAGAGCAAUUACGCGAUUUGAUUAAUGAUAUUAAGCACUCCGGUGACACAGUGUCUGGUGACCGCAGGAAGUUUAUGGCGAUACAUAUAAUUUUUAUAACAGCACUCUCUACUAUGAUUGUCUCUAUUUUCUGUUUCAUAGCUCUAUAUAAUGGAGAGAUGAUAGUUGAAGCGUGGAUGCCCUUCGAUCCUUUCAAGAGUAAAAUUAAUUUGUUUCUGGCUGGCCAAAUAUUGGCGAUAACUUUCGCUCUACCACAUAUGUACAGAGAUUUAGCUGUGCAAGGGAUUGUGUGUACGUUAAUUAUGUACUUUUGUGAUCAACUCGACGAUCUGCAAGAACGAGUGAAGAACUUAGUUUAUUCUGCGGAUAAUGACUGCGUAAUGAGGAAGGAGUUUACGGAAAUAAUUAAAAAACAUGUACGCAUAAUGAGAUAUUCAAAUGAUUUCAAGGACAUUUUCAAGGAGUUCUUUUUAAUACAGAAUCUAGCUGUUACGAUAGAACUGUGUUUAAAUGCCUUAAUGGUUACAGUUAGUGAAGGCAUCGCUCUAUCUGCAUAUGAGUCCUCAUGGACGAAUUGGCCUUUAGAUCUCCAAAAGCAGCUGUUGAUAGUUGUUCGCGCCGCCCAAAAACCUCUGAAACUCAGUGCUGGAGGCAUGUCCACUAUGUCCUUGCAGACUUAUAGCCAAACACUCUACAAUGGCUACACUAUUUUUGCAGUACUUAAUGACGUAAUGGCUUGA